AUGGCGGCGGGCGCGGUGUGGGGUCUGCCCGUGGCCGGAGGAGGCGAGAGCAGCGAGAGCGAGGAUGACGGCUGGGAGAUUGGCUCUCUGGACCGGAGAUCUCGGAAGUUACCAGGACCAUUGCCUACUGAAGAAAAGAAUGAAAUAUUUAAGAAAGCAUUGGCCACUGGAGAUACUCUGUUGGUCCAGGAGCUUUUAGAUUCUGGCAUUAGCGUCGAGUCCAGCUUUCGGUACGGAUGGACUCCACUUAUGUAUGCUGCUAGUGUUUCUAACGCUGAGCUGGUGCGGGUCCUCUUGGACAGAGGUGCAAAUGCAAGUUUUGAAAAGGAUAAACUGACUGUUUUGAUAACAGCGUGUUCUGGUCGUGGCUCCCAAGAACAGAUCAUAAAGUGCGUAGAGCUACUACUUUCAAGAAAUGCUGAUCCAAAUGUUGCUUGUAGGAGACUCAUGACCCCGCUCAUGUAUGCGGCCCGUGAUGGCCACCCUCAGGUUGUUGCACUUCUUGUCGCUCACGGAGCAGAAGUUAAUACCCAGGAUGAGAAUGGUUACACGGCUUUAACAUGGGCAGCUCGUCAGGGUCAUAAAAAUAUUGUUUUGAAGUUACUUGAACUUGGAGCUAACAAAAUGCUGCAAACUAAAGAUGGGAAAACAGCAAGUGAGAUUGCAAAGAGAAAUAAACACCCGGAGAUCUUUACCUUGCUUUCUUUUACAUUAAAUCCAUUGGAUGGAAAGCUUCAUCAUCUGACUAAGGAAGAAAGUAUUCGAAAGCUAUUGACAACCAAUUCUGAGAAAGAGAAAGAGAAUAUAUUUAGUUCAUAUACAGCAUUUGGAGAACUGGAUGUAUUUUUACAUGGUCUUGGACUUGAACACAUGACAGAUUUAUUAAAGGUGCCCAAAGUAUGUGAAAUGGAGCUUAGUGGUGAUGAGUUCCUCAGUUUCCUUCUGAAAUUAAACAAACAAUGUGGACAUUUAAUAACAGCAGUUCAGAAUAUCAUUACUGAGUUACCUGUAAAUUCUCACAAGAUAGUGCUUGAAUGGGCUUCACCCCAGAAUUUUACUUCUGUUUGUGAAGAACUGGUUAGUAAUGUUGAAGAUUUGAGUAAUGAAGUCUGCAAGCUAAAAGCCUUAAUUCAAAAGUUACAGAGUGAACGGGAGAGUGAUCCAACUCACGUGCCCUCCGUGGAAGAAGUCUCCCCGUGGGGCAGUAGGAUUCUGAGGCGGACAGCCGUUGCAGUGUGUGGAUUUGGGCUUCUCCUUUUCAUAUGCAAGUUAACUUUACAGAAAAAAUAA